GGCAUAAUAGCGCUAGUAGUUGCAGUAUGGCAAAGCAAGUAUGUUUCCUCUUGGCUUUGCUUUUGUUCUGGGAUCUCACUAAUUCUCUUACACUGAUUGCUCCUGAGGAGGUAAAAGGGCUAUUGCAAGAAUCAGUCACCAUCCCCUGUGUCUAUAAACCGUCUCCUCAGUGCACUGAUGUGGUGGUCACCUGGUACAUUGAUACAAAUGACAUUCUCAUACAUAGAGCUGAAAAUGAUGAUUAUAUUCCACUUUCCAUCAAUCGGGACAGAAUCACUAUGAAUCACAGUCCUGGUGAUGUCUCACUUAACCUGAAAAAAUUGGCCUACAGUGAUCAAGGAACUUACACUUGUGAAGUUAAGUGCCGGUUUGUUAAUAGAUUAGAAGGAGUACAAAAAAGAUUGAGUGUCAACUUAACAGUGGUAAGAGCUGAUCCCCUUACACUGACUGUUCCUGAGGAGGUAGCAGGGCAAUUGAGAGAAUCAGCCACCAUUCCUUGUACCUACAGGCCAUCUCCUCAGUAUUUUCCUGUGAUGGUCACUUGGUACAUGAAUAGAGACACCAUUCUUAUAUACAGAGAUGAAAAUGCUGCUUAUAUUCCACGUUACGUCAAUCGGGGCAGAAUUAGUAUCAACAACCAAACUGGAGAUGUCUCACUUGUCCUGAAAAACCUGGCUUACACUGAUCGAGGAACUUACACUUGUGAAGUAGAGUGGCAGUUUGCUAAUGGAUUAAAAAAAACAAGAAGAAGUUUGAGCGUCAAUUUAAUAGUAGUAAGAUCUCUACCUUCCACACGAUCUCCAACAAGCCUGACCUCUAGUUCCAUCAGUGCUUUAUCGUCCAAAAGACCUCCAGUUAUUCCGACCUCUAAUGCCAUCACUGGAUACAACACUGUGAAAGUUCCAGCUUGGAUCUUUGUUUUGACAAUUAUUCUCAUCGUACUCUUCUUCUCCACUAUCAUUAUCUUAAUUUUGUACCGAACAAGAAAUAAAACAGGUGUAAAUGAAGAUCACAUAUACGAAUUUACAAGGUGUAGAAGCGUUGGACAAGUGCGACCUGUUAACCUGGUUUCAAGUGAAAAUAAUGAAUAUGAAACAAUGAAACAAGUAAGGCAAAAUGAGUAUUCAACCAUUCACAUGGGAUCUGCGUGUGCCUCUGGAUAGCUAGAUACCUUAACGUGAAGCAUGAUAUGUGGAGCUCUGCAGCUUUUGUAGAGGACAAAUUUAUAUGCAAAUUGUAUUUUGGCAGUCAACUGUACAAAAAAAAACAAUUGUUCUGUUUUGAAGUUCUCAGAUGAACGGGCCCAGAUAUUAGCAGCUUCUGCUACGCAACACAAUUUCAAAAAUAUUACUCUGAGAAAACCCUAUGGUGUUUAAGUUAUCUACUCCCCUUUGACUCUGGCAAGGUUCCUAUGAAAGGUCAUUGAUCUGAUGUAUGAACUUGGUUUCUCUGUCUAAAAAUGCUGCUCGAUUCACUGAGCAUUUCCAACAUUUCCGGCUUUUAUUGCAGAUUUUCAAAGCCCACCAUUUUUUUAUUUUGUGCAGUUGUGUCAACCCUGAUUUAAUUUGUAUGCACACUCAAAUAGUUAAAUUGUGUUCAUAACAUGCAAGCUUUCAUAGUUAUUUUACAUUCAUGACUCAAACAGAUUGAACUGAGCAAUUAGAACUGGACUAAUUCAUUGAAAGUGUGGCACAGAUAGAAAGGGUCAUUAAAAAAACUUUGGCACAUUGGCCUUCAUAAAUCAAAAAACUGAGUACAGGAGAUGGGAUGCUAUGUUGAAAUUGUAUAAGAUACUGGUGAGGCCUAAUUUGGAGUAUUGUGUGCAGUUUUGGUCACCUACUUACAGGAAAGUUGUAACUGAGGUUGAAGGGGUACAGAGAAAAUUUACAAGUAUGUUGCCGGGACUGGUGGACCCAAGAUUGAAUAGGUUAGAACUUUAUUCCUUGGAACGUAGAAGAUUGAGGAGAGAUUUUAGAGGUAUACAAAAUUAUGAAGGGUGUAGAUAGGUUGAAGGCAAGCAGGCUUUUUCCACUGAAGUUGGGUGGGACUACAAGUAGAGAUCAAGGUUUAAGGGUGAAAGCUGAAAGGUCUAAGAGGAGCAUGAGGGGAAACCUCUUCACUCAGAGGGUCAUGAAAGUGUGGAAUGAGCUGCCAGAGCAAGUAGUGCGUGUCAACUCGAGUUCAAUGUUUAAGAGAAGUUUGGAUAGGGACGUGGACAGUAGGGGUAUGGGUGACCAUGGUCCAGGUGUGGGUCAGAGUGACUAGGCAGUUUAAAUGGUUUGGCAUGGACUAGAUGAACCACAGGGCCUGUUUUUGUGCUGUACUUUUCUAUGACCCUUUGACUCUAGGUAUUGUAUAGACUACUAAAUCUGCACACAAGAAGCUAAGUGCCAGAAUGCUAAUUAAUUUCCUUACCUAACUACAUAAGCUAUAGAUGUUGCUAGACUAAAGGUCAUUGAUUUUGUCUCUCUCUGCAGAUCCUCUCUGACCUGCUGGCUAUACCAGUACAUCCUGUUUUAUUAUGUAUUUUCCAAGAUUUGUUUAAUAACAUUUAUUAUUUUCUUACAUUAAUACUUUGUAAUAAUUACCUCGUAUGUUUCCUUAGUGUGAUUUUUUUGUGUGAAGAGAUUAUCAUUUUACUAUUUGACUUAGAUAAGGACCUCAUUAUGCUUUGUAUACUGAUUUUAAAAUGAAAGUCAAAAUAAUUUGAUUUUGGUUGCUCUCAUUAAAGUUGGCAUGUUU